UCUUUUACAGCUGUUCGGUAUGUUUUGACAAAGAUGUUAUUAUCGUGCAAAUGUGUAUAUUAUGUAACACUAUUGGUAACGCAGAGUCUCACGGUGACGCUGAUGACAGUCUAAAAUGGUCUAAACCUUUUAAUAAGAGUGCCACGAUAUAUACUGUAAUUUGUGCGCUGUCUUAGGGUUAGAAAUUUUCAGUCAUGGCAUACCCGUUUAUCAUAAAUCUCCGAAUCGCCUGAUACGCGUACGUUAAAUUAAUACAAUUAGUUCUGACGUAGGAACGAAAAGUUGGCGCCUGAUUUCGUUUACAGCUUGUACGACUUUACGAUUUUCCUUUAUUGUAUUUAUUUUAUCCGUUCCUUCAAGAGCGCGAUGUAUGGUUCCACUGAUCCAGCAUCAGAAAUAAAUCCAGAGAUACAACGAUGGUUCUCCACAGUGGACAGAGAUGGAAGUGGACGAAUAACUGCUACAGAAUUGCAGUCUGCAUUGGCUAACGGUCAAGGGGGUACUUUUUCUGACACAGCGUGCAAAUUAAUGAUUGGCAUGUUUGACAAAGAAAAUGAUGGUACUAUAAACAUCACGGAAUUUCAAGCUCUUUACAAUUACAUAAAUGCUUGGCUUGGCGUAUUUCGUGGCUUUGAUCAUGACAAUUCGGGUAGUAUACAAGAGAAUGAAUUAAGCGCAGCCCUAACACAAAUGGGCUACAAGCUUAGUCCAGAAUUUAUUCAAUUCCUCAUAAAAAAGAGCGAUAUUCGUGGUCAUCAGUCCAUUACCGUCGACCAAUUUAUAGUAUUGUGUGUUCAAAUACAGAGAUUUACAGAGGCAUUUAGGACAAGAGAUGCGCAACAAACUGGAUCAAUCACUAUUGGAUUUGAAGACUUUCUAGGAGUAGCUCUUAGUUGCAGCAUAUAACAUCUCCAUAUCUUGAUAAUAAUAUAGUUAAAUUACUUUUACAUACCUAUGUAUGCUGAAAAAAGUUAUUUAGAUUUAUAACUCAGGCUACAAGUUCUAUUUUUCUAUCUUAGGAGAUAAUAUAAAAUGGAGGUUCAUAUGUAUAAGUACUUGGGCUUCUUUAAGGUAUAAAAUAUCUAUUUGUACUUGGAAAUUUCUCUUUGUUCUUCGCCUAAGCUUCGCCGCUUUAAUUAAUUUUAACGAUAUUUUUAAAGUAAGAUAAGAUUAUUGAUAAAUAUAAGAAACGCUAAAAAAUUAUGCUUAUCGAUUCUGCUGAUGUAACACACAGUACCUCAAAUGACAAUGAAACGGUUUUACUUUUAUAUUCAUAUACGUUAAUAAUAAUAUUUAACGAAAUGUUUAAAUAAAAAUGAAUAUCACAUGACGAAAACGCAAGAUACAUUAUAUCGAGCAAUAUCCCAUGGCUUUUUAUAUUUACAUAUGAUAAAAGAAAAAUAGUUUAUAAUAUUUUUACCAUUUAAGUGACCCUUAUACUAUCGAAUGUUCACAUGUGUUUAUAAUUUUUACUAUCUUUAUCUAAGGAUACAGAUGUGAAGCUCUAUCUGGAGGGACGCUUGAAAUAAAUAAGAAUUUUCUUUAUACAGAUACUUUGAGAAUAAUACAGAUGUUUUAAAUUUACGAGACUACAAAAUC